UUUAUACAUGUUCACGCCAUCCAGUUUCCUUUAGUCCUCUCUGAUCACAUUCUCUAUCCUUACCGCACCCAUUCCCUAAACACCACUCUUUCUCUUUUGCGGUAUUAAAGUGUAGAAGGAGGGGACCGCAUUUCUACAUGCUCCCGCGCCGCAGAGAGGAUUCACCCGCCGCCGCGAGCUCACGCGUGUGCUUUCGCUUGCGCUUACGCUUCUUCCGCUUAUAGUGCAUAUAGAUUUAUUUGUGGUCUUCUCUCACGAAGACAGGUGAAGAGACUGUGGACUUUAGGUGAGUGGUGUUUCCAUUAUUUUUACGCCGCAUUCCACUUGCCCCUCGGCCUACUUCUCAUUGUCUUCGCCGCUACAUUAUUUUGGUCCUUUCGAGCCGCGAUAUAUUAUUUUAGUUUAUUUCAAUUCGCGAUAUAUAUAUAUAUCUUAGUUAAUAUGGAGACUCGUAAAGCAACAUUAGAGAAACAAGGUGCUAACAGUUCUCUUGAAAUUGAACGAGCCGUGUUAAUAGCAAAACGCGACAAUCUAUUUUCACGAUUACAAGAUUUAUAUGAUAGGUCUAAGAAGACAUCGGAUGAAAGAGACCUAAAUUAUUUUUUAUCGGGAAUGAUUUCGAUUGACAACAUUCGGGAUAAAUUUUCAGAAACUGUAAAUAAAAUAAAUAUAAUCGAAUUAACAAUUAAUCCCCUAUACACUGUUAAUUUUGAAUGCAUGAAUGCAUUUGAAGAUAUGUACUGUCAUUCUAAGUACAUAUUUGAAAAAUUCAACAAGUCAGUGGCAGGUAGCAAUGGUUUGUCAGACUCAAAUACCCAACGUAGAUCGUUUCGUUUACCGAAGUUAGACUUGAUGAUGUUUAAUGGUGAUGUCAUUAAGUGGCCAAUAUUUCACGAAUCUUUUAAACGUACGAUACACGAAAACCCUGACCUUACAGAUCAUGAACGCAUUCAAUACUUAAUCAGUAAAUUGUCUGAUUCGGCCCUUUCAGUUUGCGCAGGUAUCAUUCCAAAUGCCGAAAAUUAUGCUUUAAUUUGGCAAACGCUUAUAGACAAAUACCAUGACAAACGAAGUUUAGGUUCAGCCUAUAUGCAAAAGAUUCUAGACUUCAAACCGCUUACCACCGCUUCACAUAAAAAUUUACAAUUGUUUCUUGACAAUUACUGCACCGCAAUAUCAAGUUUAGAAUCAUUGCAAUUAGAAAAUUUAGCUGAUUUUAUUUUACUAUAUUUAUCAUGUAAGAAAUUAGAUUCUAGUACGAUUCGUUCCUUUGAAUUACAUAAUAUGAAUAACCCAACAAUACCUAGUUAUAAAGAUUUAAUUGCAUUCGUACGCGAACAUAAUAGGAUAGCUCAACAUCUGGAUCCUACUCGCACAUUUGAUAACAAACCGGUUUCGUCGCGUGCGUUCGUUUCGCUUACAGAGAAGCAGUCUUCUUGUUCAUUUUGUAAACGCAUCGAUCAUUUUAAUUUAUAUAAAUGUAAUUCAUUUAAAGAAUUGUCUAUCGAGGAUAAAUAUACUUUUAUCAAAAACAAUAAAGGAUGUUUUAACUGUUUAAGUUUAUCGCAUAUGUUAAAUAAAUGUAAGUCUGCAUGGAAUUGUCGUCAUUGCCGCAUGAGACAUCAUUCAACGCUGUGUCGUAAUGCGACGGUUUCUCAAGAAAACAUUCACCCUAAUAACUUGAAUCGCAUGAGCAAUGCAACUGCACAGGUUGCUGUGCCUCCCGCUAAUAACACACCUUAUUUACCUGCACGCAGCGACAAUCAGCCGAUUAAUAACUCAAAUAUUUCGCUUUGUAAUAUUCGGCCCGCUAUUUCCGAAAGUAAUAAUACAUGUUUAUUAGGUACGGCACAAGUAUUGAUAUAUGGUUUAAAUGGUAAACCACACAGUGUGCGUGUUUUAAUUGAUUGUGCAUCUCAAAGCACUUUUAUAACAAUGAAAUGCUGCAGAAGAUUAAAUUUAAAGGUUAAUAAAUUUUCUAAUAAAUUUGUAAAGGGUAUUGGUUCCGCGUCAAAUCCGAUAAUAGGAGAAGUGUCUAUUGUUCUGUCUUCUCGGAUUAACAAUAAUUCUUUAUCUUUGAAUGCCUUUGCGAUAGACAAAAUUACAGACUCUUUACCGGUGUCACAAAUUAAUAUGUCAUCGCUUAAGCAUUUGAACAAUAUUACCUUAGCGGAUGAAAAUUAUUUUUAUCCUUCAGAGGUUGAUAUACUUAUUGGUGCACCGCAAUACGCCGAAAUAAUGUUGUCAGGCCGUGUUACUGGCGCACCUGGCACUCCUACCGCUUUCGAAACAAUAUUCGGGUACAUUAUCAUCGGAAACGUUCCCUUAUUAAGUUCUGAUUGCACCAAUAACUAUAACAGUUGUACCGCUAUUUCGUUAUGUUCUUUAGUUGAACAGCCGCAGUUAGAAAGUUUAAUUCAAAAGUUUUGGCAUUUAGAAGAGGUGCAAUGUUCUGUCCCUUUGAGUCCAGACGCUAUUAAGAAUGAACGCAUAUUUACAAAUACUGUUUCUCGCGAUUCCACUGGUCGUUAUACAGUGAUGUUACCUUUUUCAGAGAAUCUAGCCGUUUUAGGAGACUCAUAUGAUAUGGCUAAACAAUUUCGUUUGGAAUAUGAUGCAAUUAUUAAAGAAUACAUCAAUAAGGGUUACAUUUCAUUAUUGGAAAAUGAUAAUAAAAAUCAAGGUUAUUAUAUUCCACAUCAUGCAGUUGCGAGGUUGGAUAAGACCUCCACGAGAUGGCGCAUGGUGAUGGACGCUAGUGCAAAAACAUCUUCUGGUUUAUCUUUGAAUGAUAUAUUGUAUACUGGAGAUAGUCUGCAAAGUGAUCUAUUUAAUAUUAUGUUAGACUUUCGCUUGUAUAAAUUUGCCUUUAUUGCGGACAUAAAACAAAUGUACUUACAAGUGUGCGUUUCGGAAAAUGACCGUAAAUAUUUAAAAAUUUUGUUUCGCUUUAAUUCAACUUCACCGCUUCAUGUUUACCAGUUCAAUCGUGUUUGUUUCGGUUUACGCUGUAGUCCUUACCUUGCAAUGAGGGUAUUACGCCAGCUGUGCUAUGAUGAAAAAGUACGUUUUCCGAACGCUAUUCCUAUAAUUGAAAAUAACACGUACGUUGAUGAUGUUUGUUACUCUGUGCCAUCCUUGCCUUUUGGGUUAAAACUUUGCGAAGAACUUCGGGAGCUUGUUAGACUUGGGGGUUUCGAACUUGUUAAAUGGGCCAGCAAUACAUCGGAGCUUAUUGAAAAUUUAUCAUCUUCUGAUAAUCAAUUAGGAAAAAUAGAUUUUGAUGGUUCAGAAAAUAAUUUAAAAGUUCUUGGUUUACAAUGGUCUCCAACCACUGAUGAGUUUACGUACGCAGUUUCAAUUAACCAUAAUAACCAUGUGACUAAACGUAAUAUUUUGUCACUUAUAGCACGACAAUUUGACGUCCUAGGACUAAUAGCUCCAGUCAUACUUUACGCUAAACUAAUUAUACAACAAUUACACCUUCUUAAAAUAGGCUGGGAUGAACCACUUCCUUCAGCUAUAGUUGAUGUUUGGCAAGUUUAUAUUCGGGAACUUCCAUGUUUACGACAGCUACGUGUUCAACGACAUUUAGGGGUUGAAGAAAAAUCUACAAUUUCUAUAAUUGCCUUUGCGGAUGCCAGUGAAAAAGCCUAUGGCACUACUGUUUAUUUAAAGACAAAUAAACCUUUAAACUCUCCGCCUAUAAUUCGCUUAGUAUGUGCUAAGUCGAAAGUUGCUCCGCUUAAAACCAUUUCCGUUGCAAGACUAGAACUUUGCGCAUGUUUACUCAUGGCUAAGCUAGCUCAGCGGGUAAUAGAUACUUACAAGAAACGUCACGUCAUUAAUGACAUUUUUUGUUUCACUGAUUCAAUGGUUGCACUACAUUGGAUUUCCGCAUCUCCGCACCGAUUUAAGACCUUUAUUGCUACGCGCAUUACAAAAAUAGUUUCUCAUAUUCGACCUGAAAAAUUUCAUCAUGUUGCGGGUGAUCAAAAUCCUAGUGAUUGUCUAUCUCGCGGUAUGUCACCCACUGCAUUUGUGAAUAAUUCAGUUUGGUUCACUGGCCCAAAAUGGUUAGAAUUGGAAUCAUCUGAGUGGCCAAUCACUUCUGUUAACUCUGAAACAGCUGUUGAUGUAGAAGAAGAAAGAAAAAUAGUUUCUAUUCCCGCUACUGUGUGGAGUGAUCCAAACCCAAUUUUAGAACUGUCUCAUCGAGUUUCUUCAUGGUUAUUGUUUCUCCGUACAGUGGUAUGGAUAUACCGUUUUCUGAAAAGACUUCCUAGAUCUACUAGUAUCUCUGCUGAUGAUAUUAAUUUUGCUGAAAUACAGAUUUUUAAGGUUUUACAAAAAGUAUACUUCUCUGAUGUUAUCCAUAACAUUAAAACUAGUGGUCGCUGCUCACGUUCUAUUCAAAGAUUAUGUCCUUUUCUAGAUUCUGAUGGGUUGAUAAGGGUUGGUGGUAGACUAAAAAAUGCCAAUCUUCAGUAUGAUCACCAGCAUCCUAUUUUGUUACCGCAAAAGGAUAGGAUAAUUGAGUUAAUUAUUUCCUAUUAUCAUAAUCAUAACUGUCACGUUGGUCCAGUUACUUUAAUGGCGAUACUCCGACAACGUUUUUGGAUACUAUCUUGCCGCAGCAUAGUGCGAUCAAUUAUACAUAAAUGUAACUUUUGUUUCAAAGCAAAUCCUCAACCUACGAUACCGCUCAUGGGUGACUUACCCGACUAUCGUGUAAACGAAUCUAAUGCUUUCGUUCAUACAGCUGUAGACUAUGCUGGUCCUAUUUCAAUUAUUCCUUAUCGAAAACGUGGAGUCCGCUCUAUGAAAGCUUAUCUUUGUAUUUUUGUUUGUAUGGUGGUUCGAGCCGUGCACGUUGAGCUUACAACAGACCUUAGUACUAGUUCAUUUCUUUCUGCAUUCAAACGAUUUAUUGCGCGUCGUGGUUCGGUUUUUGUUCUUUAUUCAGAUAACGCAAAGAAUUUUGUUGGAGCUAAAAAUGCAUUAUCAGAUAUAUUUACACUUACAAAUUCGAAUGAAUUUCGUGAAACAUUUGCAACUGAGCUUUCAAAUAAUCGUAUUCAGUGGAAAUUCAAUCCUCCUCGAAGUCCUCAUUUUGGUGGCUGCUUCGAAAUUUUUGUUAAAGCUUUUAAGAACCAUUUGCGUCGUGUAGUGGGGGAGCAGUUACUCACGUACGAAGAAAUGUUAACUGUUCUUACCCAAAUUGAAUCUGUAAUCAAUUCUCGACCACUUACACUUUUAAGUGAAGAUCCUUCUGAGCUCACAGCACUGACUCCGGCUCACUUCUUGAUGUCAUCACCAUUAAAGUUUCUACCCGCAAAGAUAAAAAUAAAUGAUGAACCACUUUCACUUUUAAAACGAUUUGCGUUGCUGGAUGGUAUGGUACAAUCAUUUAGUAACCGAUGGAAGGUAGAAUAUCUUCAUUUGCUACAAUCCAGGACAAAAUGGAAUACACAGGCCAAUCCUGUUACAAUAGGUACAAUCGUAGUAAUUGUAACAGAUAAUGUUUCUCCACUUUCUUGGCCUUUAGGAAAGGUGAUGGAAAUCUAUCCAGGAAAGGAUGGAGUUUGUAGAGUAGUUUUAGUAAAAACCGCAACAGGAGUUUAUAAAAGGCCUGUUGUGCGUUUAUGCCCAUUACCAAAUCAGUAAAUCUGCUUUACAAAACCGCUUUAGAAACCGCUUUACAAACCGUUUUACAGUCCGCUUAACAAACCACUUUAGAAAUCGUUUUACAAAACCGCUUUACAAACCGCUUUAUAAAACCGCUUUAGAAACCGCUUAACAAACCGCUUUAGAAACCGCUUUACAAAACCGUUUACAAACCGCUUUAAAAAAAAAAAAAAAAAAACCGCUUUAUUUAUUAUAAUUUCUUUUCUUUAAUAUUACAAAUUAUCUCUUUAUAAAAAACCUAAAGGUUUUUUAGGCCGGGGGCAAUGUUCACGCCAUCCAGUUUCCUUUAGUCCUCUCUGAUCACAUUCUCUAUCCUUACCGCACCCAUUCCCUAAACACCACUCUUUCUCUUUUGCGGUAUUAAAGUGUAGAAGGAGGGGACCGCAUUUCUACAUGCUCCCGCGCCGCAGAGAGGAUUCACCCGCCGCCGCGAGCUCACGCGUGUGCUUUCGCUUGCGCUUACGCUUCUUCCGCUUAUAGUGCAUAUAGAUUUAUUUGUGGUCUUCUCUCACGAAGACAGGUGAAGAGACUGUGGACUUUAGGUGAGUGGUGUUUCCAUUAUUUUUACGCCGCAUUCCACUUGCCCCUCGGCCUACUUCUCAUUGUCUUCGCCGCUACAAUACA